GGCAGCACUGCUCUGAUGCUGGAGGAAGCUCAGUCUGCUGCUCUCUGGCUCCGGACUCUGGUAGAAACUGGUGGAAAGUGAUGGUAACCACUAUAGAUAUCUAUGGUAACCACAGUGAGUAGUCAGCAGCACAUCUUGGCGAAUAAAGUAUCUGGCUUGUAGGGUUGUCAAAACGACUUAAUUAGUAUUAAUUUAUCGUUUUUAAAUAAUUAUCUUGUGACUGAAGUGAAGAUGGCUGCUGGGUCUGGACAUGAGGAUCUGUUUGACAACAUUCUGUUGGCGGAUGAAAGGUUCCGAGGGGAGGGCUACCGGGACGGAUUUGAGAAAGGGACUCAUCGAGGACUGCAGGACGGCCGCAGACAUGGAGCCUCUCAUGGGGCCAAGCUGUCCACUGAGAUCUCUUUCUACUAUGGGUUUGCCAUCACAUGGAAAUGUCUCCUACAAUACAAUACAAACGUCAAAACAAGAAAGCGCUUGAAAGCACUGGAGGCUCUCCUGGGUUUGAUCCAAGACUUCCCUCAUGAUGAUCCACAGUCUGCCACGCUUCAGGAGCACAUGGAGAGACUUCGUGCCAAGUUCAGACAGGUCUGCUCCAUGCUGAGUGUCCCCACUGACUUCACUGAUUACAUCAAAACGUCUGAAGGCACUGCUUUCUGAAUCCCUCCUGAUGAGGUGGAAGUGCUGAGCUGACCUUCACGUUCUCCACACAAGCUGAGGUGCUACGUGUCAACAGUGCUGUGGUCAGUAACCCAGGCAACGGUGACUGGUCUGCAGGGGAUUCAUUCAAGGGUCGACUGUGUCAUCUUUGAGAGUCGUCUUUGUCUUCACAUUGAGGGAAAGGUCUGACAUGUCGGCGAGUCCACGGUCCUCAUUAAACUGGAACGUCCCAGGAGAUGACUGCAGUCACUCUUCACUAGUGGAACUUGCAGAGGCUGGAACUGAGUUCAA